GCGGGAUGGUGCCUCGGUGCCAGGUUGAAGUGCUAUAUUUUGCAAAAAGUGCUGAAAUAACAGGAGUUCGGUCAGAGACCAUUUCUGUGCCACAACAAAUAAAAGCCUUGCAGCUGUGGAAGGAGAUAGAAAGUCGACAUCCUGGAUUGGCUGAUGUCAGAAAUCAGGUGAUAUUUGCUGUUCGUCAAGAAUAUGUCGAACUUGGAGAUCAACUCCUCGUACUUCAAUCAGGAGACGAAAUUGCCAUCAUCCCCCCCAUUAGUGGAGGGUAGUGCUUUUGAACCAUGUGGGACAUUUUUGAAUGAUGGUGAAGAAAAAGCUAACGACACAAUAAAAUUAACUGCAGAGAAGCUUUCAGUUGAUGAAGUUUCACAGUUGGUGUCCUCUCCACUCUGUGGUGCAAUAUCUCUGUUCGUAGGAACUACAAGAAAUAACUUUGAAGGGAAGAAAGUUAUUAGUUUAGAAUAUGAAGCCUAUCUACCAAUGGCAGAAAAUGAAAUCAGGAAAAUUUGUAGUGACAUUCGGCAGAAAUGGCCAGUCAAGCACAUAGCUGUGUUCCAUAGACUUGGCUUGGUUCCAGUGUCAGAAGCCAGCAUCAUCAUUGCCGUGUCCUCAGCCCACAGAGCUGCGUCCCUGGAAGCUGUGAGCUAUGCCAUUGAGGCUUUGAAAGCUAAGGUGCCUAUAUGGAAAAAAGAAAUGUAUGAAGAGUCAUCUUCGUCUUGGAAAAGAAACAAAGAAUGCUUCUGGGCCACCAAUGAUUAA